AUGUCAGCCGGAGCAAGGAGCAAGCGUCUCACACGUGAAGUGUCGGACAUCCACAAAGAAUCCGUACGUACUCAAUCUCAUCCUCGUUCUCCAACAUUUCAACUGACCCAUGCUCCUCCCCCUCUACCCGAUUUGCCGCCUGUCCAGUCCAAAAGCGGCAUCACGAUCCGAUCCCUAUCCCCCGAUUCCUACGACCACCUCGUUGGUUCCUUCCCCGGGCCCACGGGCACACCCUACGAAGGAGGCGUGUUCGAGGUCGACAUCCAACCCCCGCCGAAUUACCCAUUCGCACCGCUCAAAAUGAAGUUCAUUACAAAGGUACGCAGCCGGGACGAGAGCAGAUAAGAAAACAGCCAACAUUGAAGCAAAGCUCACGCUUUCUCUUCGGCUUCUUUAUGCAGGUCUAUCAUCCCAGUCAGUCCUCCUCGAGGCACGUCAUGGCUCACAACUUCACCGCUGACCACACCUCCCCCACAUUGCCACCCGCAGACGUCUCCAGCUCGACCGGUUUCAUCUGCCUCGAUAUUCUCAAAACGUCUUGGUCACCGUCAGUUUUUCUCGCCCGUACGACCUUGCGAGAUCGAUCGUACUGACCCUCUGGUCCCCCCUGAUGGGUUGUAGUGUCUACACGCUCCGGACUUGCCUUGUCUCUUUACAAUCACUGCUGAGCACACCCGAGCCUAACGAUCCUCAAGGUAAGCAAAAGUGACGCUGCUCUCCUUGCCGAGCGAAGCACCCAAGCUCAUCUUCACCUCCUACCUCUUCCUCUAGACGCCGAAGUCGCGAAACACUACCUCUCCUCACGCACGAGUUUCGACUCGACCGCGCAAUACUGGACCCAAGUCUACGCCAAGCCCAACACCAACUCCUCCGCCCCAGCCGUCCCGCCAACCGAUCCGCAAACCCAAGCGACUUUAGCAGGUCUAGAAUGGUCCGACGUUCGACUGUUCGCGCAAAUGGGUUUCGAAGAGAGGGACGUGAUUGAGGUUCUUCAGAGGUUGAAUUAUCGUAGUGGGAAUAAGGAGAAGGUCGGUCACGAGGCCGUGUUGGAAAAGUUGUUCGUUUGA